AUGUGGCCUUGGCGCGGGGUGUUCACAACGCGCCUCCCAAGUUGUUGGCUUUGUCGAACGCGUCUUCUCUUCAUCAUUCAUUAUCCAUCAGUUCCGAAAAUGAGGUCGACCCGAAGUCGCUCCGCGGCAGCCAAAGCCCUUCAGUCAGUCGCUGAAGCCUCAACACCGAGCUCAGCUCUGCCCAAACCGACACCCGCGCGGGUCAAAGCAACAGCAGCAGAAGCAGCAAAACCACCAUCCAUGCCAACCCCACAAACAACGACCGCCGCUCAGACUCCACCGCUAACCCCAACCCCGGAAACCCUCUCUUUCCCAACCUCUGCCUCGUUCACCAGCUGGUUAGGCACGAACUAUUCGACAACACCCCUCGGAAUCUGGCUCAAGAUCUCCAAGAAAAACUCCAACAUUCCCUCCAUCUCCUACGAUGAGGCCAUCGACUGCGCUCUCUGCUACGGCUGGAUCGACGGCCAGCGCAAGGCCCUCGACUCGCUCUACUUCCUCCAGCGAUUCACCCCCCGAAGGAAGAACAGCAUGUGGUCCAAGCGCAACGUCCAAAAGGUUGCUGCCUUGACCCUAGCAGGAAGAAUGGAAGAGGCAGGAUUGGCAGAGGUCAAGCGGGCACAGGAAGACGGACGCUGGGACAGGGCAUACGAUGGGGCUAGCAUGAUGGAGAUGCCCGAGGACUUUGGCGCCGCGCUGGCGGGGAAUGACAAGGCAAAGGGGUUCUGGGAGGGGUUGGGGAAGACGAAGAGGUAUACUUUUUUGAUGAAGCUCGUGACAACCAAACGGGCAGAGACCAGGACGAGGAAGAUUGGGGAGUUUGUCGCAUUGUUGGAAGAGGGCAAGACACUGUGA